AUGCAAGCUGCGGAGCAGGGGGCAGAACCGGAGCAGAGCCGGAGUGGAUCCAGGGCAGAGCCGGAGUCGAACCGGAGCCGAACCGGAGCCGAGCCGGAGCCGAGCCGGAGCCGAACCGGAGCCGAGCCGGAGCCGAGCCGGAGCCAAGCCGGAGCCGAACCGGAGCCGAGCCGGAGCCGAACCGGAGCCGAACCGGAGCCGAGCCGGAGCCGAACCGGAGCCGAGCCGGAGCCGAGCCGGAGCCGAGCCGGAGCCGAGCCGGAGCUGAACCGGAGCCGAACCGGACCGGAGCCGAACCGGAGCCGAACCGGAGCCGAACCGGAGCCGAGCCGGAGCCGAACCGGAGCGGAGCCGGAGCCGAGCCGGAGCCGAGCCGGAGCCGAACCGGAGCUGAACCAGAGCCGAACCGGAGCGGAGCCGGAGCCGAACCGGAGCCGAGCCGGAGCCGAGCCGGAGCCGAGCCGGAGCCGAACCGGAGCCGAACCGGAGCUGAACCGGAGCCGAGCCGGAGCCGAGCCGGAGCCGAACCGGAGCCGAGCCGGAGCCGAGCCGGAGCCAAGCCGGAGCCGAACCGGAGCCGAGCCGGAGCCGAACCGGAGCCGAACCGGAGCCGAGCCGGAGCCGAACCGGAGCCGAGCCGGAGCCGAACCGGAGCCGAACCGGAGCCGAGCCGGAGCUGAACCGGAGCCGAACCGGAGCGGAGCCGGAGCCGAACCGGAGCUGAACUGGGGCGGAGCCGGAGCGGAGCCGGAGCAGAGCCGGAGCCGAGCCAGAGCCGAACCGGAGCCGAACCGGAGCGGAGCCGGAGCCGAGCCGGAGCCGAACCGGAGCGGAGCCGGAGCCGAACCGGAGCGGAGCCGGAGCGGAGCCGGAGCGGAGCCGGAGCCGAACCGGAGCCGAACCGGAGCCGAACCGGAGCGGAACCGGAGCCGAGCCGGAGCCGAACCGGAGCGGAGCCGGAGCCGAACCGGAGCCGAACCGGAGCGGAGCCGGAGCGGAACCGGAGCCGAACCGGAGCCGAACCGGAGCCGAACCGGAGCCGAGCCGGAGCCGAACCGGAGCCGAACCGGAGCCGAACCGGAGCCGAACCGGAGCCGAGCCGGAGCCGAACCGGAGCGGAGCCGGAGCCGAACCGGAGCGGAGCCGGAGCCGAACCGGAGCCGAGCCGGAGCCGAACCGGAGCCGAACCGGAGCCGAACCGGAGCCGAACCGGAGCCGAGCCGGAGCCGAACCGGAGCGGAGCCGGAGCCGAACCGGAGCCGAACCGGAGCCAAACCGGAGCCGAGCCGGAGCCGAGCCGGAGCCGAACCGGAGCGGAGCCGGAGCCGAACCGGAGCGGAGCAGGAGCCGAACCGGAGCGGAGCCGGAGCCGAACCGGAGCCGAACCGGAGCCGAGCCGGAGCGAGCCGGAGCCGAGCCGGAGCCGAGCCGGAGCGGAGCCGGAGCCGAACCGGAGCCGGAGCGGAGCUGAACCGGAGCCGAACCGGAGCAGAGCCGGAGCCGAGCCGGAGCCGAACCGGAGCGGAGCCGGAGCCGAACCGGAGCCGAACCGGAGCCGAGCCGGAGCCGAACCGGAGCCGAACCGGAGCCGAACCGGAGCCGAACCGGAGCGGAACCGGAGCUGAGCCGGAGCCGAACCGGAGCGGAGCCGGAGCCGAACCGGAGCGGAGCCGGAGUGGAUCCGGAGCCGAACUGGGGCGGAGCCGGAGCGGAGCCGGAGCAGAGCCGGAGUGGAUCCGGAGCAGAGCCGGGGCGGAGCCGGAGCAGAACCGGAAGCGGCGGGGGGUUGGCGUGGGGGUGGGGUGGGGUGAGCCGGAGCGGGACCCGGUGUGCGGAGCCGCAGUGGAUCCCGGGCGAGUCCGGAGCAGAGCCGGGGCGCGAAACAGGCGCGCGGUGAGACGGGGAACCAAAACUGAAGCGGGUGGGGUCGGCCGGGGUGGUUGGGUCGAGGGGGGCGGUGGGGGGCUGUCGGUGGGGAACCCAAAGUUGAAGCGGAGCUACUGCAGCAGCAGAAUUAGGAGCAAGGAAGCAGCGGCACUCAGCAGAGAGAAAUAG